CUGAAUUCCUGUGUGGGGGCCAGGAAGUGUCUACGUGGGUCGCACCCAAGCUCACUUCCUUCUACAGCGCUCACUUCGUUUCAAAGUUACUGCAGCCACAGGUGUAGUUCGCUGCCUUCAACACAAGUUACUCUUCAACUGAGUUAACAGCUUCUCACCACAGAGGAACUCCUAACAGAGAUGGCCGACAACGUGCUCGCAGAUGUCCGAACUGACUUAAAGGAUGGUUUGACGCUGCCUGUGAUCAAACAACUCCUGGACGAUCUGAGAAAGGAAAGAGUAUUAAACGAAGAGGAAGCUGAAACCAUCCUGGAUUCGAAUGCAGCGCGAGCUGAUAAAGCUCGUGAUCUAAUCGACAGUGUUAGGAAGAAAGGGCGUGUGGCCAGUGAAAUCAUGAUAGUAAAACUAAAAGUCCACGAUGAACAUCUUUACAAUAAGCUGGAACUGGGUAAGCACGUGCGGUCAGCUUGUGGGAAACCUGCACCUGAAGCUCCUGCUCAUCAGUCAUUGACUGUCUCAGAUAAAGGCAGUGAUAAGGAAUACCCAAUGACCAGUAAUCCACGUGGUUUCUGUGUAAUAAUCAACAACAUGAACUUUAAAAAAACUGAACUGAACCGAAAAGGAUCCAACUAUGAUGCAGCUGCUUUGGAGAAAGUGUUUAAGCUCUUGGGUUUUAAUGUUCAACCUUAUACUGACCUGAAAGCGAAGGAGAUGAAGGAGCUACUGCUAGAGUUCAGCAAGAAAGAGGGACAUGGAGAUUGCUUUGUCUGCUGUGUGCUCAGUCAUGGCGAGAAGAACGGUGUAAAUGGAACAGAUAUGAAACUGUGUCCCAUGAAGGACAUCCUGUCUCCCUUUGAUGGGAAAAACUGCCCUUCUCUGGCCGGCAAGCCCAAGGUGUUCUUCAUCCAGGCCUGCAGAGGGAAAAACAGGGAGGAGAAGGUUGUGGUCUCUGCGGAUGAUGUUCCUGAGGGGGAUGACUCUGACUUGACACCUGAUGCUCCAGAAGAAACUUAUAGCAUCCCCAAAAACUCUGAUUUCCUGGUCGCCAUGUCCACAGUGGAGGACUUUGUCUCCUACCGAACUCCUAAUGGCUCAUGGUUUAUUGACUCACUCUGCACUCAAUUAGAAGAAGGAAGUCAAAGCGGUGACGACAUCCUUACAAUCCUCACAAAAGUGAACGAAGAGGUCAGCAGGAAGGAGGGGCUUGAGAAGGUGAAUCAAACAACCUGUGAUGCUAAGAUGACCCCAGAGCCUCGCUUCACCCUCACAAAGAAGCUGAUUUUCAGAAUUCCAUGAAAUUUUGGCAUAAAAACAUUUCCAGAGAUGUAAAUUUACUCAAAUAAAAUAAUUACACUCAAA